UCGACCUGCUCGGUGAGCUUGAUGACCGGCUCGAAGUGCACGUCGGUCUCCUCCUCCUGUGGCACGGCGUCAGCGUGCGCGCUCGGGCGGCCAGAUCGCGUCCAUCGAGGGACAGUCAACGUACACGGGGAGCAAGGGCAUCAGGGACUUCAGACAUGGCGCGUUUGGUGAUGCAGCGGUCGGGGGAACUGAGAAUAUGAAGACAAGACGCGCACGCUCGCAGAAAGAUGGCAAGAUCAGAGAAUCGGAUCGGCGUUCGCCGUGGAAGCACACGUGACCCAAUUUCGUUCUUGACACGAAGGCAGCGCCCCCCGCACGCUCUGCUCGCCGCUGACCGCGAUGGACUCACGAACAUGGAUACCAAGACUUUGCGCGGCCUGGCUGUCGCUGCUUUGUCUUCUUCCCCUUGUUGCCGCGCACAUAAUUGACGUGCCGGCGGGCAAGAAGGAGUGCUUCUUCGAGGACUUGCAUGUCCAGGACAAGAUGACAGUGACAUAUCAAGUCGGCGGAGGCGGGCAUCUGGAUAUUGACUUCUGGUUGACGGACCCAUCAGGCGAGGUACUGGCGAAGCAGGUCAAGCAGUCAACGGGGACCGCAUCCUUCACCGCAAAGAAGGACGGGAGACACGAAUACUGCUUCUCCAAUAUGAUGAGCUCCAUCGCAGACAAGACCGUCAGCUUCAACGUCCACGGCGUCAUUUACAUCAGUGAAGAUGCCGACAUUGUCGCUCCCAUUGAGCGCGAGAUUCGCUCCCUCUCCAAUGGCCUCACCGCAGUUAAGGACGAGCAGGAAUAUAUCGUCAUCCGCGAACGCGUACACCGGAACACCGCAGAGUCCACAAACGCCCGCGUCAAGUGGUGGUCUAUCAUUCAGGCUGUCGUCUUGUUCGCCGUCGUCGGAUGGCAGGUGUACUACCUAAAAUCAUUCUUCGAGGUUAAGCGCACUAUAUAGCGUUUGGGCUGUGUACGACCUGCAUAUUUAUAACGACUUCUGCAUGGCCUUAUAUGCUGAGUGAUGCGCCACCAAGCUCUACCCGUGAUUCUAUCGUGGUAGGCCUCCAUACAAUCCCAUCGCGGUCUCCGAACCCUCUCAUCACCCCACGGUGUCGCAACCAACCUUCGGCGUCGAAUUCUGUCGGCGUCAAUGUCUUCGGUGUAGCCGAAACAACGAUAUUGCAUCCUUGUUAUAGAUUGGCCGCGCCGGGUCGUCCGUGACCUGUGUAGGUGCGUGUUAUAGUGGACUGCUCGGACUCUGACGCGCCACAUCACUUGCCUCUGACCAAGUGAAGUGUUUCUUCAGCAGGUUGAAGAAUCGCUUGUCGGCCU